AUGGCGGCGGCGGCGGCGGCGGUCCUUUGCAGUCCUUUGUGGUUAAUGUUUGUUUUUUAUGUACUCUGGGGCCGUAGAUCUUUUAUAGAUCCGAAAUGCCGUAAUUUUUGCAUGGUUUUGUCCAUGUGUAUAAGGUUGGUUUUGGCCAACUAUUUAUUUUGUUUGCGAGACAUCAACUUGACACUUGGACUCUUGACCCCCAGAAGACACGCGGUAUGGCGUGAUUCUGUGGGUGUUGAGAGUUCUGAGUCAGAGCUUAAAUCAGAGUGCGCGGAUAUUUUUCACCAGAGCUUUCUGGUUGUUACGCCAUACUGACGAGCCCCAAAAAGGGUGAAACAGCUGUCUAUGGCUACAAUCCCGCUCUGUUUUGAGUUCUUUCGGUGUCGUGUUGAUGUCUUGCAGAGUUAAUUUUCACGUAGUACGAUCAGCAUUGCAGUAUUCUGUUUGCAGAAUUUAACAUGUCUACUUUUCAUUUUUGCUGAUCAGGUCUUUAUAGAUCCUACGUUCUCCGGCAUAUUCGUUUGCGGUCCUUUGCAGUCCUUUGUGGUUAAUGUUUGUACUUUAUGUAUUCUGGGGCCGUAUAAAUAUAAUUUUACAGAUUUCCCAGACGAAAGUGGAUGAGGAAAUUGUGGAGUAGCAUAUUGUCAGGGGCACCCAACGGCAAUUUCCGGGAAAAUAUCUGUUCGGAAGACGAUUUGAGAUCUAGAAUUUUCGGAGCAUUUGUUGUAAAAUUUCUUGCUUGCCUGCCUCUCCUAGGAUUUUCGAACGUCUACAAGAUGGUAUAAUUACCCAUUUUUAACGGAUUUUGACCCUAAAAACGGCCACCUAGAAUUUUCGGAAGCCUUUUCCUGGCUGAAAGUUUCUAGAAGAUAAGUUUUUAUCCCUAUAAUUUUCGGAUCACUAGACUUUCAGCUAGGAAAUCCGAACAGAUGAAAAGUUUUUAGGGGAUAAAAAUAUGCCUGUAUCUACCGUUUGAAUACUAAAAUACGCUCAACAAUGCUUUGUUAAGUGGUUUUGGACUAUAUCCUCGUUGGGUGCCCCUGUAUUGUCGUUGUCGAUCAAACUUUUUUGUUAACCGUAACUGAUAAAAAUUAACCGAUAGCCGUAAAAGAACCAAACUUUUAGCCGAUAAACCGUAAAAGCCACCACCCCAUUGAGACCCUCUUCUAAUUGCAAUCAUGUUUUAGUUCCUUGUUACAAAUAGGUGAAAAUUUACAGAAAUUAAAUUGUUUUUAAAAAGUAUUUUUGCGCAAUUAUGCUAAAAGACUCUAGGGCAAACAAUUUACAGAUUGUUGACCAAGCUCUGGGUAUAAAAUAACAAGGUUUUUUUCUCCAGUUCACCAUUUACACAUAGCCAGCUGAAUUACUCUGUUAAAUACCAAAUCCCGAUCAUGUAUUUUGUGAAAGUACACUGGGCUUUUGUUUCAUCUCUUGUAUGUUUCAAACUAUUAUUUGCAGUUGGAUGUUCAGAUCAGUUAGGUAAGUGAUAAUUUUAUCCAGUUAAUAGAUUUGCCCUUUUUAACCCACCAAAAUAAUAAUUUGUUAGAUUUGAUUAGAAAGUUGGUUCGUACCCUGAGGGACCUGACAUUUUCGAAAUUGUAAUGCUCUAUAAUAGUCUUGGAAACAAAACCUGUUGUUGUUUUUUGAUGCUCAGAUGAGUGUCACUCGGUAAGUUUAGCGUGGCUUACAGAGUCUGCACAACAGCAUGGAGUUGUACCCGAAGAGCAACAUAUUGAAUACGCCUGCUCCAAAGGGAAAUCCUCUACAGCCGGCAGUUAAUUCCUAUGACACAAGCUUUCAUGUCAGUUCUUUUUUUAUCGCACCCAUGAAAACUUUCUAACUAAACCGAUUUUCUUCUUGCCGGGCUCGAAAUGCGAAUGCUUUCAACGUAACAGUAACUGAAACAAGACUAAAAGUAAUUAUAUUGUCCCUGAACUGGCCUCUAGACCUUCGUUUUAGUAUACUGGUUACAAGCGCAACUGUCAAGAAUGGUGGGUUAAAGAGAAAUUGAAAGUUACUCUCAGAAAAGAAAGGGCAAUAUAUUAAGUUAACAUAGAAUUCGAAAAUUUAAAGUAUUUAUACAUCUGAUAUACGGUGAUCCGAGAAUAUAGACAGCAGAAAAACUUGAAAUCCUGCCUACUUUCGUUUUUAUAUAUUAUUUCCGUACGUUUAAGUUUCCUUACUGUAACUGAACAUGUUAACAAAAUCACGGUAACAAUAUUUCAUUGUAAUCUUUAGUACAUGUAAUGUUUUGUAGGCUUGUAGAUCAUAGAAUUACACACAGAAACGAUUUUACAGAUCUUAUGAAACUAAUCCUUGACCCUGACCAUGGCGUUUUAAUAAUCCAACUUUAAAUAUAUAAGAAACACGUCAAAUUACUGUAAUUGCUCAAAUAGCGAAAAUAGACCUAUUCGGCUAACUCAAAGUUAACUCAAUGCUGUACCCAAUUCAGACCGUUUGGGAAUAAAACGUUCUGUUUCAGGAAUUUCCAUAUCAUUUAAAUGUGAGUGCCACAUUAUAAUGCAAUUACAAUACAAAAAGAAUCUUAACCCCGGGAGAUUUGAAUUGGGUACAACCACAGAUCUGUUCCGUUCACUCCUUCUCCAAGAGUUCAGUGCUGCAUGCUUUUCUCUCCAAUAUUUACUUUCAAUAGAUUCUGAAGCUUGUGGAAUUGGCUGGAAGCCUUUCCGUGACUCCUGCUACAAAAUGAUGACUUCAGGGAAGACCUGGAGGCAGGGCUUUGAACACUGUAAGUCAGCUGGCUCACAGCUUGUAAAGGUUACCGACCAAGAGGAGCUGACAUAUAUUUACUUCACAUUUGUAAAGCCUUUAAACUCUGGAAGUGCAUGGAUGGGACUCAGCCUGAAAAAUGGUUCUUUCUAUUGGACGGACGGUUCUAAGCCUCGAUACAAAAACUGGAAUUAUGGGGAGCCGAAUAAUUUCAACGGAAGGGAACACUGCGUGGAGAUCUAUGUCAAUAAUGGAAAGUGGAACGAUAUCCCUUGUUUCGUUAAAAGACCGUUCGUAUGCGAAAGAGGUAUGUACUUUUUGAAAAAUACUUACCUUUUUGAAGUCGCACGGAAGACUGGGUCAGUUGGAGUCAAGUUGAACCACAGGAAGUUUUUUUUGGGACAUGGCGCUUCUUCCAUUGGCUUCUAAAAGGUUGCUAAGGAAGCUGGGCCUAAAUUCGUCCCCUAAAACAAUCCCAUAGUGCAACGCGACACUACGGGGACCCAGACUCAAGUGCGAUCUCAAAAUGACCAAUCCCAUAUGACGGCAGAAAAAUCCCACAACUAGGUUUUCAAAAUAGCCUUAGAUUGAGGGGGCCUAAUCUUUAAUGCUUGAGAUAACGGUUUAAAACAUUAGAUUCAAUCUGAAUCUGACACCUUAGAUACCGAAUAUUAUGCGUUUCUUGGGGGGUCGUGUGGGAUUCGAAAAUUAGAGACUUCUGUUGUUUGUUAAGCAUUUAAUUUAACGCAGGAUCAUUGGUUGACGCAUGUGUUAAGGGGCGCGGUAUUGUUGCCAUGGUAAACAUGGUAAAGGUUCAUUUCUCAUUACUUGGUUAACGGAACUCUUUUCUUUUAAUUAAUUGAUUCGCAUUUUUUUCCAAAGAUGCACAGCAUAUAAGUCAGUUAAUUAAGAUUACUCUUUCAUAGAGCAUUUCAGUCGGGGUGCUUGAAAAUUACUAAAGAAAACGUAAUUUUUUCAGUAGGCCCAUGAGUUCAACAUAGUGGGCCACGCCUAAUACCCACUGUUGUUGCUGUCAAUUUCGAUGACUUCGUAAGCAUGCCAAUUUUUGUUGAAAAUCUUUAAAUAUAUAGUUCCUCUUCAGAGUCAUCCGAGAAAUCACAUGUCAACUUCCCUUGGGAACGUGAAUCAUGCUUUGGCCAACUGCUCAUUAGAGGAGUAUUAUGUUGCAGACAUCACCGACUGCUUUCAAAGGUGUUUGGCUAUUACACGAUGCCUCUCGUUCAAUAUUGAGAACUCUGGAAAACACCUGAAGAAAUGUGAGCUCAACAACUCAACCAGGGCAUGGGCACGAGAAAAAUUUGUGAAGAGGCCAGGUUACAUAUACUACGAUUAA